AUGUCACGUCCAUCGAGUUCCUUCCCCCCGCUGCACCAAAUCAGGCACCUCGAAAUAGCCAGGUUGGAGGAUCUAAGUCUCCUCAUACAAUCCUUCCCGGUCAUUGACAACCAUGCGCACAACCUCCUCCACGAGGAUCAUGCCUACGGCAGCUCAGACUUCCCUUUCGAAUCCAUCACAUCCGAAGCGCAAGGCACCGCACUCGCUGAACAUGUUCACUCUUCACUUUCCCAUAUUCGUGCAAUGAAGCAAUUGGCACAGCUUUAUGGCUGCUCUGAAUCAAUACAAAACAUUAAGGCUGCGCGAUACGAAUGGGUAAGAAGGGACUAUUUGGGGUUGAUCAAAAGUUGCCUCGAAGGCACAUAUGCAAUAAUGAUGGACGAUGGCCUGAAUAAAGAGGUGGUGUAUCCCUACAAGUGGCAUCGACAACUUGUUCCUCGGGUUUCAAGGAUUGUUCGGGUCGAAGCCAUCGCCGCUGAAGUCCUUGAGCAACUUGUGCUGGUAGCGGGAUUGCUCAAGCCUGGGACCGACGCUGACUGGGACCGGGACACGACGGAAGCAUUCUUCAUUCGCUUCAAUGGAGAGUUCCGGAACCAAAUUCGAGCAUUAUCCAACAAUGCAAACGUCCGUGGGUUCAAAUCUGUCGUCUGUUACAGAAGUGGUUUGAAUGUGAGCUUAGAGAGCAGAAAGGCACUUCGACCUCAACAAUCCUUGACCGAAUCCGGUCUUCUGGCUGCGUUUCAGGAAUUUCUGCAGCAAGCGGUCAGAAACAGCAAUUACAAGAUCGAGAAAAAGGCAUUUAAUGACUAUCUUGUUGUCGCUGUUUGCGAUGUUCUUGAACAGCGUGCUAGAACCGAGGGCGAGACCACACCUUUCCAGUUCCACACGGGUUUGGGGGAUUCAGAUAUAGAUCUCGUCACAGCAAAUCCGGCGUACAUGCAGCCGUUGAUUGAGGCCUUUCCCAAUGUCGACUUUGUUCUCCUCCACUCCGCAUAUCCAUAUACUCGAGAAGCCGGCUACCUUGCAUCGACUUAUCAGAAUGCGUGGCUCGAUAUUGGCGAAGUCUUCCCAAUGCUCAGUAGAGAUGGACAAGAGUCGGUGCUUAAACAGGCUCUAGAACUAACCCCUACUUCGAAGAUUCUUUGGAGCACAGAUGGCCAUUUCUACCCCGAAACAUACUGGUUGGCGAAUAGACAAUUCCGGGAUGUCCUAGAAAAGACCCUCCAUGCUGGUGUGAUAGCAGGUGAUUAUACUGUCCCUCAAGCCAUCAAUAUGGCGGUUGAUAUCAUGUUUUGGAACUCGAAUUCGCUGUACAAGCUUGAUGAAGAGGAGAGGUGCUCACAUCUAAUGAUUGCGUGCGGCAGAGGAUCGCCAGAAGCUAGCAUGAGGACAUUGGUCAAUCGCUCUUCGGAUGCCGAGUCGUUGAACGCUCUGCUGCAUUCCACUGACCCCAUUCCAUCCCGACAAAACUCAGAUCCGCCUCGUCCUGCCCCGGCUGUAAAAAGUCCUGCCCCAAGUACUAAGUCUGAGUGUUCAAACCCACAACCAGACACGAAGCUACCAGAUACGCAGCUGCUUGAUACCUUUAUAGCAGAUAAUCUCUCUGUGAAAUAUGUUUGGCUGCAUCUUCUCGAUUACACCGGCACACAACGUCAACGGAUGGUUCCGGUUGCCCAGUUUCGGAAACAGUUGACCAAUGGCACCUACAUUGGGGUCACUAAAGGCUUAAUGCGACUUCUACAAAACGAGCUCAUGGCUGAUGGUGGGUCAGCGACUGGGCAAUUCUUGGUCAAACCAGAUCUGUCCACUCUUACCCUUAAUAAGGGCCUCGACUCUCCAUCCGCCACUGUGCAUACCUGGUGGCUCGAAGAUGGUUUAGGCACACACUUCGGAGGCUGUCCGAGAUGGGCAUUAAAAAGGCAGGUAGACCUACUGGAAUCGGAAUACAGUAUCUCUAUGCUAAUGGGCUGUGAAAUUGAAAUCGUCUUCUUACGGCCUCAACUCAACAACUUAACAAAUGCCUACACUGACUUUCUUCCCCUCCACACUCUUCAUUCUUGGUCGAAUAUGACCUACCAACAACUUGACAUCCUUCCAAUGAUCGAAGAAAUCGUCGAGACUCUCGCCGAAAUCGAUAUCCACCUCCCACAAUUCCACUCCGAGGCGGCGCCAGGACAAUGGGAAUUUCCCCUUCCAGCCACCAAUCCGCUACAAGCAAUGGAUAUGCUCUACAAAGCUAGAGAUGUCAUCCGCAACGUCGCUUGGAAGCACGGUCUCAAAGCCACACUCUACCCACGACUCUAUGACUACUCAUGCGGAAGCGCGUGCCACACGCAUUUCAGCAUCAGCGGCCCCCACGACAGUGUCCGUAGGUAUUCCGACAGUUUCCUGGCCGGCGUGCUCGAGCACCUUCCUUCAGUCAUGGCCCUGACCCUCCCACUCAAAGAGAGCUACGACAGGGUGAAAGCCGGCAUCUGGGCCGGAGGAGAGUACGUCGCCUGGGGCAGCCAAAAUCGAGAAGUCCCACUCCGGAAAUGCGGGGAUGGGCAUUGGGAGCUCAAGACUGUGGAUGGGAUCGGCAACAUGUAUUUUGGUAUGGCUGCGCUUCUGGCCAGUGGACUGGAUGGUCUGAGGCAGGGAAAGCAAUUAAGGUUAGGAGACUGUACAGAGGAUCCGAGUAAGAUUUCAGAGGCACAAAGGACGCAGCUGGGAAUCAAUAGGAAGUUGCCGAAGGGGUUGAACGAGAGUUUGAGGGAGUUGGAGGGCGAUGAGAUCUUGGUAGAGAGUUUGGGGAGGGAGUUUGUGCAAGAUUAUAUCGCGGUCAAGAGGAAGGAGAUGGAAAUGUUGGAUGCUAUGGGCGAGGAGAAGAGGAGGUUAUGGUUGAUUGAGCGGUAUUGA